AUAUGUUAAACGAAAGUCUUUAAUUACUUAAAUAUUAAAGAUGUUUGUGGUCAGUGUUGAACGACUUUCAAGCAAUCUUGGCUAAGAUGGAAGGACGUGAGGCUCUUUUUCAACAGUGCGGAGGUUCGAUGCGCUAGUUUAGUUUAUAUUUGGUGGCUUUUUGCUGCAUAAGAAAUCAGCGUUCAUUAUCAAAUCGGAAUAUAGACUUUUCCGAGUUAACAACUAGUUUAACAAAAGCAGCUGAAUCAGCAUGGCUGAUCUGAUGGCAACAUCAGAAUGUCUGUCAACGUAUUUUAAAUGCACGUUCCUUUCGAGCCGCUUACUGUCUUUGUUCGUCACUUCCAAGUUAUCGACUUAAAACUUCAUACAAGCAGACUGAGAAGGCAACUGCUGCUAAUUUGUCGGCUUAAUUUCUAAAUGUCCUUAUUAUAAUGAAAACGGCCAGAAAUGAAAACAUGGCUAACAUAUUAUGACUUCAGUUGCCAUGGUCAGUGAAUUCUGCGUAGUAAUUCUUUCAUAAUGAUUGAGAAGGUAACCUUCCAUACUAUAUCGACUGCUUUGUCAAUCAUGAUCCGCACUGGGCUCAGAACUCCGGCAAGGGAAACUGUCCACCAUAAAGCCAACAUUGCAGUUAAGAUCCAGAUUAUAAUCUUGAUUACCGAUGCCGCUAUUUUGAUAUGUGUGAAUGAAAAUAUAGUCCAAACCAAUGCCAGAAAAGCCAACAGAACAACUAAUUUAACCGGUGUACUGACAGCCAUGAGUGUGGGAAUAGCAAGUGGGGACAUCAAGAAGAUGGGGGAGGCUGGUUACCACACGGUGGAGAGUGUAGCAUUUGCACCCAAGAAGUCCAUACUCGCCAUCAAAGGCAUCUCUGAACAGAAGGCCGACAAAAUCAUGACUGAAGCUUGGAAGAUGACACCUAUGGGCUUCACUACGGCAACCGAUUUUCACCAGAAGAGGGCAGACAUAGUGCAAUUAUCUACAGGGUCCAAGGAGCUGGACAAACUGCUUGGCGGCGGAAUAGAGACUGGUUCAAUCACGGAGAUAUUUGGCGAGUUCCGAACUGGUAAGACUCAAUUGUGUCACACUCUGGCUGUUAAUUGCCAGUUGCCUGUGGACAUGGGAGGGGGCGAGGGAAAGUGUCUCUACAUUGACACAGAAGGAACAUUCAGACCAGAGCGACUGCUGGCUGUCGCCGAGCGACAUGGACUUAACGGGCCGGAUGUGUUGGACAAUGUGGCCUAUGCCAGAGCAUACAAUACAGACCACCAGCUGCAACUACUGCACCAGGCAUCGGCCAUGAUGAUAGAGUCCCGCUAUGCUCUCCUUAUAGUAGACAGUGCCACAUCUCUUUACAGGACAGAUUACAGUGGGAGGGGGGAGUUGUCUGCCAGACAAAACCAUCUGGCUAAGUUUUUGAGGACUCUGCUGCGAUUGGCUGAUGAAUUCGGAGUGGCAGUGGUGAUCACAAAUCAGGUGAUGGCCCAGGUGGAUGGGGCAGCCAUGUUCGCAGCUGACCCCAAGAAGCCCAUCGGAGGCAACAUAAUGGCACAUGCAUCAACCACUAGAUUGUUCUUAAGAAAGGGUAGAGGGGACAACCGCAUCUGUCAAGUUUAUGACUCACCAUGUCUGCCAGCUUCUGAGGCCAGUUUUGCAAUCCUACCUGACGGAAUUGGAGACGCCAAGGAGUGAGCGCAGCUAUGACGCAAUAUUAUGUCAUAUCAGCAUAAGUUGCUCUGAUGUAUUGCGUAGUCUUAUGUUUCUUGAAUAACUUCUUGUUGCUUUCAGGGGAUCAGUUGCCAUAAUUUAAACGAUGUUUGAGAAUUGAUUGUAUUAAUUUGGACUUUGAAUUGCCUAGUUAUGAUUUAUUAGUUAAUUA